UAUCAUCUGGGGAAAUUACGAUGAAAUCCACCUUCUCGUCUUAGCGGUUAAGACUUUAGCCAUAGGACUCAGCACAGCUUUGGUACUUCGUCUGACUAUUGCACAGCCACAAAGAAGAUCUGAGCAAGGCGGCGAAAUCUGGUAAGCAACAAGGGAAGUCAGAUCACCGGCUGCAACGAUCGGGAAUCUCCGGCCAUGAGUUCUCAGGCGGUAGGAGGCUCCAGCUUUUUCUCCGGAUUUACUCGGCUAUCCAAGGGCCUUGCUGCAGUACUUGUGGGUGGAUAUGCCCUAAUCCAGAUUUUCCCUCCUGCUGUUACUUAUCUCGCACUUAUUCCUGCAAGGACAAUACCUUUUGCUUGGAACCUUAUAACAGCUGGUUAUGUUGAGCAAUCAGUUUUUGGGGUGGUCGUAGGCACCGUUGGUCUUCUUUUUAUUGGGAAGCUGCUUGAACCCAUAUGGGGUUCUAGGGAAUUCUUUAAGUUCAUCAUUGUAGUUAACUUCCUAACUUCUGUUUGCAUCUUCAUCACAGCUAUUGCUUUGUACUAUAUAACAAGGCAGGAGAAUUAUCUCUAUACACCUCUUUCUGGCUUCCACGGGGUCCUUUCAGGUUUCCUGGUUGGCAUCAAGCAAAUUGUACCUGAUCAGGAACUGGCUUUAUUUUCUGUGUUAAAAAUAAAAGCAAAGUGGGUGCCUUCUCUUCUGUUGUUUCUGGCCAUAGCUACUAGUUUCUUCACAGAAAAUGCAGCAUCAUACCUUCCAACCUUGAUAUUUGGUACAUACACUAGUUGGAUAUACCUGCGGUAUCUUCAGAGAAAGCCCGAAACAAGCCUCAAGGGGGACCCUAGUGAGGAGUUUGCCUUCUGGACAUUUUUCCCUGAAUUUUUACGGCCAGUCAUUGAUCCUAUUGCAUCAGUAUUUGAUCGGAUGCUCUGUGGAAAAUCUGAAACUUCUAGUCAAACCAAAGGCUAUACCUUGGCUGCAGAACCAUUGCCUGGUUCUGACCCUAUUGAGGCAUCACGGAGGAGAGAAAGGGGAGCUCGAGCACUUGAAGAAAGAUUAGCAGCAGAGAGGGCUGCAGGGGGGGGUACAGAAGACCUUAAACGUAGAGAUGCUGUAGAAAAUGUUUGAAACUUUGAGUGUCAUUUCCAUCUCAAUACAAGUUGGGCAGUUCUAAAAAUGUGUCUUUGCAUUCUGGAGGAAGAGUUUUAUUUCAGGUUGUAAAUGAUCUCAUCAAUCUUCAUGUUAUGAAUAUUACAGUGUUGCAGUUCACCUGGGAAGAUUCAUCAAUAUAAUUGGUAUACAUGCAUGGAAAUUCAUCAAUAUAGUUCUUGUAA